AUGACUGAUAUGGCUCAACAGAAAACACUUGCUCCGGAAUCGCCUCCCGACUAUGAACUCCAUAAUCUCCCGGCACGGCCUGCGCAAACGUACCAGCCAGUUACGGGCAACGUCCCAUACUCUGUGCCGGCCCAGGGAGAGCGGAACCCUGGUGCGACCAUCACUCUCAUCGAGAACACUGUAGAUUUGGAAUCUGGACACGCAUCAGCGCAAGAGGCACAGCAAGCAGCGCAAGAAGAACAAAACUCGGAGCCAGAAGCGCCGAAAGCGAAGAAGGGUUCCCUUCGAAGCCGGGUCCCAAGAAGCCAGGUGUCGACCGGACCAGCCGACGAGGAGAUUUGGCUCGACGGCCUCGACUAUGGUUAUGGAAUGGGUCGUGAAAGUAUCCCGCAGUGA